AUGGAGCAACGCAUAAAGUUUUGCUUCAAGUUAGGCGAAACGGCGACGGUGACACAUGACAUGUUAAUGAAAGUUCACGGUCAGGAAGCAGUGAGUAAAAAGUAUGUUUAUGAGUGGUUUAAACGCUUUAUAGACGGAAAGGAGGAUGUCAAAGAUGAGCCGCAGUCGGGGCGCCCUACAACAAGCACAACUCCAGACAAUGUAGAACGAGUUCGACGGAUGCAUGCGGCAGAUCGACGACUAUCUUUAAGAAUGAUAGCUGGCGAAUUGCAGAUAAGAAUAGACAGUGUGAGCACCAUUGUGCACAAACAUUUGCAUAAACGUAAGAUAUGA